UGUCAGAUGAUUUUUUUUAGGAUUAAUUCAUUAUUUUAGUGGUUUGGAUCAAAAUGCGGAGCCGCAUGUCUCCACGGAUGCUCAUGUUGGACUGAAACGGAGCCCCAGAACCACUUCACCACAGAACCAUGGAUUUGUCCUCUCUGGGUUCGGAGUCCGUCCUCAUCUCUCUCAGCUUCUCCCUGAUCUUCUUGUUCGGUACGGUGGGGAACACUCUGGUUCUGGCGGUUCUGAUCCGCGGCGGCCAGCUGAAUUCCAAGACCACCUACCUGUUCAUCCUGAACCUGGGGGUCGCAGAUCUGAGCUUCCUGGUCUUCUGCAUCCCGUUCCAGGCCUCCAUCUACGCCCUGGACCGCUGGAUGUUCGGAGCCGCUCUCUGUAAGCUGGUCCACUUCCUCAUCUUCCUCACCAUGUUUGGCAGCAUCUUCACCCUGACGGCGGUGUCCCUGGACAGGUAUUUAGCCAUCUGCUACCCUCUUCACUCCAGAGAGAUGAGGACUCCUAAAAAUGCCAUCACCUCCAUCUGCCUUGUUUGGGCCUUGACCUUGGUUUUCUCUGCUCCGUAUCUCAGCCACUUCUCUCAGAUGGACCUGGCCGGUACUGUGGUCUGUAUUCCUGCCUGGGAGUCCAAACCUCGGUUCAUCAUGGACCUGUGCACCUUCAUCUUCGGCUACCUCAUCCCCGUCCUUGUGCUCGGCCUCACCUACACCCGAACCAUCCGCUACCUGUGGACCAGUGUGGACCCGGUGAAGGACAUGUCAGAGUCGAGGAGGGCCAAGAAGAAGGUCACCAAGAUGGUCAUCAUCGUGGCAGCUCUGUUCUGCGUCUGCUGGCUGCCUCAUCACCUGGUCAUCCUCUGCAUGUGGUUUGGACAUUUCCCCCUCAACCACACCACCUACGUCCUGUGCAUCCUGUCACACCUGGUGGCCUACGCUAACUCCUGCCUCAACCCCAUUGUCCACACCCUCGUCUCCAAGCACUUCAGGAAAGGCUUCAGGAAGGUGUUCAGCUGCUCACUGAAGAGGAGGGAGGUGAACAUGGUGCACGUGGUUCAGGCGGUGAACACGGUUGUUACGGCCACAGCCGUAUUCUGGCUCCUCCCCUGUGCUUUGUGUGUGCGCUCCCCCCCUGUGCUUUGUGUGUGUGUGCGUGAGUGCUCGUGUGUGCGUGUGGUGUGUGCCUGUCACUCCUCUCAGGCUGCUGCCAAUCCAUGUCACCUGUGCUGAGCUAAUUGGAAUCAGCUGCUGUCCCUCGUCAGCCAAUCCGGUGCAGCCACGGCCCAGCAUAAGAAGCCGGUGGACCUGAGAGACGACGGCUUGUCACUGUACUCCAGUCUUGCCCAUGUGCCUCAUCGAUUUAGAAACUCUGUCAGCCAUUCGUUCGUUCUGUCAUUGUGGAGGCACUAGUCUUUUUCGUUAUCGUUUGUUACACACGCUGUGUUUGCGUUUAGGAUUAUUUGGGUACAUUUUGGAUCUUUUGUGUUAAAUUAAUAGCUCUAGUUUAGAGUCUCUUUUUGUUUACAUUUAUAUUUAUUUUCACGUCGUACUAGUGUCCUCCGUUUUACUUUUAUUUUGUACCUCUUUUUUAUUUCUUUAUAAUAAAUAUUUCUAAAGCCAUAAACAACUGGCUCUUAUGUUACUUCCCCCACCCACUACACGAGCCAGGGUUGUAACAACGGUCAGCAGCGUAGAGAUGAUCAACUAGAGAUGAUCAACUAAACGUCAAAUUAGAGACCAAUUACAGACAACCAACUAGAGACGACCAACUACACCAGAGAUGACCAACUAGACAUCAGACUUGACCAACUCUGCACCAGAGACCACCAACUAGACGCCAGAGAUGACUAUCUAGACCCCAGAAAUGACCAAUAAGAGACCAAAGACAACCAACUAGACACUAGAUCCACCUGAACAUCACCAUGAUGCUUUUGUUUUCGUAACACAAACCUAUCAAUUUCACUGGACUGAAAAAUUGUG